GUCAACAUGUUGUGAAGCGGUGUAAUAACGUGUAUUUCGUAGAGUAUUGUUAAGGAAUAGCUAUGUCAAGGGCUAUUAAACAGUUCCUUCUUUUUUUAGGCAUUUAUAUACUUACCAAAUUUGCUAUUUGCUUAGAAAAUGGUCUUGCUCGAACCCCGCCGAUGGGCUGGCUUUCCUGGGAAAGAUUUAAAUGUAAUAUAAAUUGCCGGCAUGAUCCACAUAACUGCAUUAGUGAAAACCUUUUUAUGGAAAUGGCAAAUAGACUUGUAGAGGAUGGCUAUAGAGAUGCUGGAUAUAAAUAUGUAAAUAUAGAUGAUUGUUGGAUGGCAAAGUAUAGAAAUGUGCAUGGUGAUAUGGUACCUGAUCCUGAAAGAUUUCGAAGAGGAAUUAAGUUUCUUUCCAACUAUAUGCAUGUCCGUGAACUAAAACUGGGAAUUUAUCAGAGCUUUGGAACUAAAACUUGCAUGGGUUUUCCUGGCUCUGUAGGUCAUAUGGAACAAGAUGCAAAAAAAUUUGCUGAGUGGGAAGUUGAUAUGGUUAAAUUUGAUGGUUGUUAUACUCCCCCAAGUCAAAUGAAGAAAGGUUAUGUGAAAAUGGGGACAUUUUUAAAUAGGACUGGCCGACCCAUGGUAUAUUCUUGCAGUUGGCCCUACUAUGAACUGCUAAAAAAUAUGGAACCUAAUUAUAAGUUGAUUUCAACUUAUUGCAAUAUGUGGAGAAACUUCCAUGAUAUUCAAGAUUCAUGGCAUAGCAUUACUGAAACAAUCAACUUUUUUGGAGAUAAUCAAGCAGUUAUUACAAAUUUCACUGGUCCUGGAAGAUGGAGUGAUCCGGAUAUGCUAAUGAUUGGAAACCUUCAUCUUAAUGUUGGGCAAGCACGAGUUCAGAUGGCUGCCUGGGCAAUAUUUCCAGCUCCUUUGCUGAUGUCAAAUGACUUAAGAUUCAUAAAGCCGGAAUUUAGAAAUAUUCUUUUGAAUAGGGAUGUUAUUGCAAUCAAUCAAGAUGCCCUUGGAAUUCCUGGAAAGAGGAUGUAUAAAGAUAAUGGAGUGGAUAUAUGGGUUAGAAAAAUAACCCCAGUUAUUGAAGCUGAUACUUCAUUUGCAAUAUUGUUCAUCAACAUGCGCAAGAAUAAUAAAAAAGCCACAGUUUCCUUUUCUUUACUGGAAUUGGGGUUAAAGGAAGAUAAAAAUUACUUAAUUACAGAGAUUUUCAGACACAAGUCAUAUGGCCUUCGUUCAAAUAAAACUGUUGAAGUUAUAGUUCCUGCAAAUGAUUGUGUGAUGCUUAGUUGUAUGGUGCUCAAAUAUUAAUGUAACAAUUCAUAUUUUUACAGCAAUCUUGAAAUCAUAUCCUAAAGUUUCUAAGCAAAUUUUCUAUUUUUGAAUCAAAGAGUUUUUCAAUAAAAGUACUCUCACUUGUAUAUUUCUAAAACAGCUAAUCUGUUUUUUUUUUUUUUUUUUUU